AUUUUUUAGUCCGUUCAGUUGGUGCAACACGGGCCUAGAACGCGCUGUUUUUUCGCUCCACUCUCGACCAAAUAAUAAACUUUAUUUAUUUUUUAUUCGAGUGCUUAUACUACCAGUGAUCCUUGUGUAAAAUGAGCUAACAACUGCCGGAAAAUGCACACUUUGGGCCUUGUAAUUCUGAGCCUUUUAGGCCUGGUCGAGAGUUAUGACCAUCAGCCGCUACUGAGAAAUAUCAUCAAAGUGCGAGCCAGCGGCUUUAUGCCCUUCGAAUCGGAUUUACUACUGCCAUUGAAUAUCCUGCGGCAGUUGCAGUCCCACGAUCGAUCAUCGCGUUACAUUGGCCAGAGGCCAAAGCCCAUAGUGAGGCCAAAGGUCAAGCAACAAAUCAGAUUGGAGAGAGCGCAUCCUUUGCGGGAGGCCAAAGGUGUUCAGCUCUACAACUUGAUCGAUGACGAUGGUGAACUACUGCUGAAUCUCAAGGUUCACAACGAUCAGAAGGGGACGGCACCGGCAAAUUAUCAGGAGGAGAAAUACCAAAGCAGAUACCAGAGCUACGAUUCACCAUGGAUGCCCUCGAAAUGGAGACCCACCAGCGAAUUUCCGCUGGGUGUGACCUCCUCAUCGCCACGCCCACUGCCCCUGCAUCAGUAUCUUGGCCAAAACACGAAUCGCAUCGAUCAAAAUACGGCGAAAAGGAGGCGGCAGGAUAUAUGGCCACACAAAUAAUAACUAAAUUAUAUAAUAUUUUCAUAUUUACCAUAACUCAUAUUAAUUGUUUAUCCUUAAACAUCACAGCACCCAGAGCACAUUCACAUUUAUGGACCUCAUUUUAAGCAAAAUCUCAAUGAUAUUCAUUUGAAUUUUUGAUAAAAAAAUAAAUAAUGAUCCUUAAAUAUUUUCUAAUAUUUUAAAACAAAUUAUAUUAAAGCCAAAUGAUGGAAUACUAGUUCUAAAAAAGCAUAAGAUAAUUGAAAAUAGAAAAAAAAAAGUUAUAAUUUAUUUUCUUUCUACAAUAAUAUCAAAAGAACUAAAAAAACUAAAAAACUAACCUCGAGCUUAAAAUUAAGCCACAUCGUUCAAAAUAAUCCACAAGAUACAAAAUGUACUACACACAUACAAAAUAAUCCAUAAGACACAAGAACACGCUACAAUAUAAUCCAUCAGACACGAAAUACGUUUCGAAACAUAAAAAUAAACGUUAAGAUACACAUAAAUAUAUCCAUUAGA